AUGGACUACUUUAUCUUCCUUUAUAAACUUAAUGUUCUCCAGAUGGCUUACCUUCAAUAUAUUCUCCAACUUCUCUAUUACCAUCAGCAUAUAUAAAAACACCUUUACCAUCUCUUUUAUNAUUCAAUAAAUUUUAAUGAAAAAUUAUUAGAACCUGCAACUCGUCCUUAAAAGCGUAGACUUUAUAUUUAUUUUUAGCACCUAUCAGUUCUCUUUUUGAUAGUUCAAUGAUGAAAACUCUUACACACAAUAGAUCUGGCUCAUGUUAACCAAAUAAAAAAUCCCAUACUCAAACUAGAGGACUUUCUAUUCCUACUGCUGAAGAUGCUAAAUCUAUCUAUAAUGGAUCUAAAAACUAUUAAACUUCAUCAUUAUCAAUUGAAGUAUAAUAUUCAAAAUAAUACAAUAAGGAUUAAUCAUUCCUCAUAGAAAGAAAUAAGUCUUAAUCAUUUUAACAGACUAAUAAUAAAAAGAUGACAACUGAUAUAUAGUUAAAUGAUACUCUAAAUAAAACUACAUAUUUGGCCACUUCUAAGAGAUCAUCUAAUACAACCACUGUAUCUCCAGCACAUAAAAACAUAUUACUAUAGUAUUUAAGUAUAAUUAUAUCUUAUUAAUUAUAGAAACCCAACUGAAUACAAAUUAUUAAAAUUAAAAUCUUGCCCUUAAUUAUUCUUAACAAGACAAUAAUAAAAAUUGUACUCCAACUGCUCUUAGGGGUAAUUCAUAACCUAAAAUACCAUAAAAUAGUAAGACAACUAAAAAUCAAAAGUGUUCUUAUUAAAAUUUUGAUACCUCUUAUGUUUAGGAUAAAAAAAAGGAAAAUAAACCAAUUAAUUUAGUGGAUACUACUAAUAUUGAUUGUAAAAAAAGAUCAUUACAUAUAGAUGGAGUAUAAUAUUCUAAUUUAAAAAUUUAGGAUCUUUCUAUGCCAGCCAGCACAAAACCUUAAUCAAUGCCAUAUUAACUUUGGUUAAAAAUAAAUAGUAGAAAAGGAUCAAGAGAUCAUAGUGGAGGAGGUUAAAAAUCUAAAAAAGCUAAUAGUAAUACUACAAAAGCUAAUAUUAAUUAAAGCUUCAAUUUUGACAAAAGAGUUUGA